AUGGCAUCUUCUUCACAGGCGAAUGUCCCAUAUCUUCGUCGCGACACUAUAGACCAGACGGAGGUUGCUAUCAGCACCUACUAUAGGGAUUCACAUUUUCCGGAUCUGGUUGAAACUUUAAAUGUGGUCGGCGAACAGUGCAAUUCAGAUUUAUUGGGAAGAUUUAGAGCAUCAUGUUUUGGGCAUUUCACUGAUUGGAGGCCCGGCGCGAAGAGCAAUAAAGCAUUACACCAGAUUGUAUCGAGGCAGAUUGUGUCAGAAGAAAAUGAGAUGUGUUUCUUUCUGUGCGGAGCACGAGUCAGAUUUUCCCCUGCGGACUACGCAUUAGUGACUGGGCUCAAUUUCGGGGGAUCGAGGUUCGAUGCGACAUUACAGCACGACUGCAGUCGCGUGGAGGCAUACCGACGAUUCUGCGGUGCGCGAAGCAUGACCAUACAGUCGCUCAUCAAACGCGUGUGCGAUUUGGAUCGUCGAGUGGAUGAUGAGGAUGGGAGCCUGUACCUUCGUGCUGUCCUCGUGUGUGUGGCUCACACCCUUGUUCUUGGGUUGGAUGCGCGGGUACAGCCGUGGCUUUGGGUGUUGGUGGAUGAUCUGGCUGCAUUUGAUAGAUUCCCCUGGGGCGCGUAUUCGUAUAAGAUGUUAUGCCAUUAUACGAGAGAGACAGGAAAGGGCGAGAAGUAUCACUUCUACGGUCCUUCGUGGGCUUUAUAUGUCUGGGCAUUGGAGCGCGUCCCGGGCUUCGGACACAUGGUCGCAGCAUCUAGCGGUGAUCCGACAGCGCACCCUCGGUGUUUGAGAUGGACUUUCAGGGGUAAGCCGAAGCUUCACGGUCUGCGCGAUCUAUUCGAGGGACAGGGUGGUGUCAUGCCCCUGGACCCCGAUGAUGACGAUCUGUCGAGUCACUACUUCAUAUCAGCGCUGACACCGGGCGAACUCUCGGUGAGCUUCAGGCCCCCCGACAACCCAUUAGCUCGGGGUGUCCAAUUUCCACAGGGCACCGGAGCCCGUGUUGUGGAGGAGCGCGGGGACGAGGAGGAUGUACCUAGACAGCCUCGUACGAUUCGCAGUCACAGUGUCCGGGGCCCUGUGAGGGAUGCUCGACAGCACGAGCCGGCUCGUCAUUCAGUAGAUCCGGGCUCGCGCCCUGUGAGGGAUGCUCGACCCCACGAGCCGGCUCGUCAUUCAGUAGAUCCGGGCAAGCGCCCAGCGCCGCAUACUUCUUCAUCGUCGAGCGGAUCUCGGACUGUAUCCAGUCCCAGCGAGGGUGAGGUGGAUCGUAAGUGGGUGAAGAAGACGAUCCGUCAGGAGAUUAAGAAGGCCUUCGGCAAAUUCGUGGAGAAACUGAAGAGCAAGGGUAAAAAGGAUAGGUGCAAGAAGAGCAAACAUUUCCGAGUGCCCGACUCCCCUGAUGAUGAUGACCAGCGACGGUCCCCUGAUCCUCCACAGCCACGGUCUCCUCCACAGCCACGGUCUCCUCCUUCGAAUGUUGCACUGGAUUCACCUCCAUACCCGGAAGAUUGA